AUGACAUUUUGGAUACUAAUCACACAUCAACUCAACAGUGAAAUUAUUCAAGAGUAUGAACAACAUAUGCAAAUGUUGGCAGCGAAGCUGAUGUGGUUGGCAUUAGGUUCACUGGGAGUCGAUCAAAGAGAUACUAUAUGGGCCGGGUCAAGUGCGGGCUUUCAAGAAGCCCAAGCCGCUAUCCAACUUAACCACUAUCCGAUAUGCCCAGAACCAGACCGAGCUAUGGGCCUUGCGGCCCAUACUGACUCCACUCUAAUGACCAUACUCUACCAGAACAACACAGCCGGUCUGCAGGUUUUCCGGGAUGACGUAGGCUGGGUCACCGUGCCACCUGUCCCUGGUUCGCUUGUGGUCAACGUCGGUGACUUGCUCCACAUUCUGACCAACGGAAUAUUCCCGAGCGUGCUUCACCGAGCCAGGGUCAACCACGUUCGGCCUCGCUUCUCCAUGGCUUACCUGUGGGGUCCACCUUCCGAUCUAGUGAUCUCUCCGCUUCCGAAACUCGUUAAUCCUCUCCACUCUCCUCUUUACCCAUCUCUCACUUGGAAACAGUACCUUGCAACCAAAGCUACUCAUUUUAAUCAGUCUCUUUCCUUUAUUAGAAACUAUCUGUCUUCUCCAGACCAAAUCUCUUGA